UUGGCGAACUGUGGCAUGGUCUCCUAGAUCUCCCUGGCUUGCUUAUUCGUCCAGCCGAGUGACGGCAGCAAAGCGAGGGAAGAAGGAAAGGAGGAGGCGGAGAGAGAGAAAGAGAGACUAGCUCCUCCUGCUUCUUUUAAUGUCAACUGGGGGAAUGGGUUGAUUUGACACAUUCCCAGUUGCUGGGAGAUUACUCUGUGGUUAUUAGGCUGGGAAGUGGAGGGAUGGAUGGGCGUGAGAGGAGGGAGAGGGGAGGCAGUUCCCACUCCGGCUGCUGUAGGGACUCCACAAAGAAAGAAAGGAAGACAGACAGCAACAGACAGGAAUAAAAGGAACAAAGACUGAGGUCUAAUACUGGGAAAGGAGGGGUGGAAAAAGACAGAGAACAGCACAAAUAGGGCUAAUGAUAGAAUCUAUUAUUUUGGGAGGGAAAAACAGAAGCUACUCCAUUCCCCUGUCCUUCUCCCUUCCCCCUUCUCUCAUUCUCUCUGCUUGGAGAAAAGAGCCUGGAGUCUUUAGUAGCAAGAAAGAGGAGUGGGAAAGGCUAAUCUAGCAAAGACCUCUCCCUAUGGAACUGGCUUCCUUGGUGAAAGAGAAAGAGGAAGUGAGCUUCUCCUGGUUUCCCUUUCGCGAUUAUGAGCAUCAAUUAUUUCUUUAAUUACUCCAAUUCCCGGUCUCCCUCAGUGUAUGGACGCCUCCCGCGAUUCAGAUGAAGAACAUGAGGGUUAUGUGUCCGUAAAUCUCUAGGUUACUGGGGAUGAGGACUCCAGGAAACAACCUGGAGUGUGAGGAGUGAAGAGACUGGAUACUUUUUCUCUUUGGUUUCCUUCCCCAUUCCCCUAGUAGUCUAAAGAACAAAGUGAGUCUCCUGGUUAGCUUUUUUGUUUUUAUUUUUUAUUCUUUGGUCCGGUGGCAGCUGCUGUGUAUAAGAAGAGGCUUCCCAGCAGGGAGGCGGACAGAAGUCUUUGAGUGAGUGUGUUGCGAGUGCAAGCUGCCUAGGAGGCAGCCGCCUAGCGCCGCUUGCUGGGGGUGUGACCUUUGCUUCUCUCGGGGGCGAAGCGAGCUGAGGACCCCCGCAGCUGCUCUUCAGUACCACGCACAGCUCUGGAGCAAGGAGCAGGCGAGUGUGUUGGAUCCCGAACAGAGACUAAGUCCUGAAGUGAUGGGGGGCUGCAUGAGCACGCUGAGACUGUGGGAGCUAAGCCCAGGGCAGGAAGGUUGCCCCAACUGAGGGGCUUAACCCCAAAGAAGGAGGAGAAAGAGGAGGAGCCCGGGGGUGCAGGAGCAACCACUCCCGCUCCACAAACGCUUACACCCAUCGCCCACUUCUGGGCCGCGAGGAGGCGGAAAACCUCUGAAGCGCCCGCUGGAGCUUCUCUUAGUAGGAGCUGGGGAGGGCAUUUGCAAACAAGUGUCUGUCGCGGUCUACCAGAAGCCCACCCCCGCUGGCGUACCUUUUCACUCUGGGACAGGCUUUUACCGGGCGAGCGGAAGACAUUCAGCCACUCGACACACAAUCCGCGAGCAGUCGCUGCCGAGAUCUUGUCCUGCAGCUCGUCCUAGUCCAUAGUUCCAGCUCCGCCGCGGCGGCGCAGGGUGUGGAGAAGUCCUCUUUGCAAACAGCUAGGCAGAUUGGGGGCUCUCAGCGGGACUAGUGCCUGAGCAUUUACAAGGAUCUUUACCGACAAAAGCAACGUGGUUUUGUUUUGAAUUUUGUUCUGCUUUCCUUCCCCCACCCCGGGAAGCUUCGGGGGUGGCUCGAUCUACCUCCCAUUUUCCAUCUCUUUCUCUCGGGAGAAGAGCUGCCGCUUGGAGAAUGGAUUAUAAUAAACCUGGCGAAGGGGAGAGGAGCAGCUUGUGAAGCUCUGUACGAGCCCACCGCCGCUGCCCCUAGAGUUGAGUACCGAGCCCGCUACCCUAUAGAUAUCCCCCAGCAGGGGUCAUCUGGAAGAGGAAUUUAAAAUCAACUAUCAGAGCGGAGAGAGGGGCGCGGAGAGGAGAACGAGUGUGUUGUGGUGUGUUGUGUGUGUGUGUCUGUGAGUGUGAGCGCGCAUGUUUUGUAUGUGCUGGAGGAUGUCGUUUUUCCUUCAUUGGGCUUAAUUCCAUGACCCCUCUAACACGUGAUAGAAUUUAAUAAUAGUGGGGUGGUGGGGGUUCCUUCCCUGAGGAACCUUUCUACUAUGACAGCCUUGAUCUCUAAGGGGUUAAUUAACUUGGGCUACUUGGCGAAGUUAUCACUAGAACGGUAACCUAUUUGGGGAGUUUUAAUUUGAGUUUGUGCUGGUGACCUAGGGACUCUAGAGAGUGGGGUUGUCUUAGUUAAGUGGUUUGUGCUUUUGGGGGGGAUAGGGUGGGGAAUUUGACCCCCCCGAUAGUUUAUCCUCUUUGAUGACUCCUGGAGGCGGUGGGCCGAUGAAAGACUGCGAGUACAGUCAGAUCAGCACUCACAGCUCCUCUCCCAUGGAGUCUCCUCAUAAGAAAAAGAAGAUCGCUGCCAGAAGGAAAUGGGAGGUUUUCCCGGGAAGAAACAAAUUCUUUUGUAAUGGGAGGAUCAUGAUGGCUCGGCAAACAGGCGUCUUCUACCUGACCCUUGUCCUCAUCUUGGUUACUAGCGGACUCUUCUUCGCAUUCGACUGUCCGUAUUUAGCCAUGAAAAUCACUCCAGCUAUCCCUGUGGUUGGUGGGAUCCUGUUCUUCUUCGUGAUGGGUACCUUACUUCGAACAAGCUUCAGUGAUCCUGGAGUACUACCCCGAGCAACACCAGAUGAAGCUGCUGACCUGGAAAGGCAAAUAGGUAACGCUGAAGAUAUAGCAAAUGGUACCAGUUCAGGGGGGUAUCGCCCACCUCCCCGAACAAGAGAAGUCAUCAUCAAUGGCCAGACGGUGAAACUAAAAUAUUGUUUCACCUGCAAGAUUUUUCGUCCUCCUCGUGCUUCUCAUUGCAGUCUUUGUGAUAACUGCGUAGAACGGUUUGAUCAUCACUGUCCCUGGGUAGGCAACUGUGUGGGGAAAAGAAACUACAGAUUUUUUUAUAUGUUUAUUUUAUCUCUGUCUUUUCUGACAGUCUUUAUAUUUGCAUUCGUUAUCACCCACGUCAUUCUUCGUUCCCAGCAAACAGGUUUUCUAAAUGCUCUCAAGGACAGUCCUGCAAGUGUGCUGGAAGCUGUGGUGUGUUUCUUUUCUGUUUGGUCUAUUGUCGGUCUCUCAGGUUUCCACACAUAUUUGAUCAGCUCCAAUCAAACUACAAAUGAAGAUAUUAAAGGAUCUUGGUCAAAUAAAAGAGGUAAAGAAAAUUAUAAUCCCUACAGCUAUGGAAACAUCAUUACAAAUUGUUGUGCUGCCCUCUGUGGGCCUAUAUCUCCAAGCCUAAUUGAUCGAAGAGGAUUUAUUCAGCCAGACACACCACAGCCAGCAGCACCAACAAAUGGAAUCACCAUGUAUGGGGCCACACAGUCUCAGAGCAAUAUGUGUGACCAAGAUCAGUGCAUUCAGAGCACCAAAUUCGUUUUGCAGGCUGCAGCUACCCCGCUGCUCCAGAGCGAACCCAGCCUGACCAGCGAGGAGCUCCCUCUGCCAGGAAAGACCACCCUGGGCACCCCCUGUGCCACUUUGUCCCUGGGGCAGCCCACACCGCCCUCCUCCAUGCCCAAUCUCACAUCAGAGACUGUUUUGACAGAUAUGAUACCAUUGAAGGAGGAUCAUGAUGGCCACCAGUUCCUCACACCCGAGGAAGCCCCUUCACCCCCUGGGAUGUUGUCAACGGGCAGUCCCAUCACGCACAGUCACACCCUGCAUGUCCUAAGCUUGGCCAGCCAAGACUCAUUGCAUGAAGACUCAGUCCGUGGCCUUGUAAAGCUCAGCUCAGUCUGACCGAUGUGGACGGUCGGCACAGGGGGAGGCGCGGUGCACUUUUCCUGGGACUUUGAUCUUCUGGAGACCACCUGCAGAAGCCGACAAAAGCGAUCUUCCCAGCAAAGAACUUCCCAACACUCCGUCUUCUCAUUAGCCUCGUGGUCUCAUGAGGAGGACUUCCGAUUGUUGGUUAAACGAACAUCUAGAAAGUAGAUGGUUCGAUUUCAGGGGGCAUUUGGGGGCAGGUCCUAAAGCUCUUAAUUUUGUCUUAUUUGACUUUUCCUUCCCUUUCCCCAAUUCCUCCUCCCCUUCCCAUCCUUAAUAAAAACUGAAAUUGAUACCAACAGUCCAGUUUUCUGAAGCCUUGGGCAAGUGGGAAUUUCCCAACAGCUGGAGUCAUAUUUCUGAAUUUUUAUUUCAGUAGAAGAAAGAUUUUGGGAUAUAAAUGGCACAUUCUGUGUUCUCUAUUAUUGUAAUACACACUGGUUAAGAGUUUAUGAUAUUUUGUGGUCAGACUGAAAUGCACUUAAGUGUUAUACUACUAAUAUUUGAAUUUGGCAAUUUCCAUUGUUUAUUAAUAUAAAAAAUUUUAAAGAAAAAGAGACCAGCUGGGGGCUUACAUGCCACAUUUAGUAUGUGUCACAAUGGUGUUGGUAUCAACAAGAAGUGCUGCUUUUUUUUUUUUAAGUUGUGACUUUCCAAGUUCAGUUUCAUCGAAGGACAAUUAUCAAACUGAAACCAAUGGACAAUGUUAUUAUUUCUCAACCAUUCAAUUUUAUUAUCUGUGGAUUGGUGGUGCCUACAAUAUUCCUGGGUUUUAUCACAUUUCUUAUGAUUUCAUCUUCUGUUAAAUAUUUAGAUUAGGUAUUGUGUUGUGCCAUAUCUGCAGGGGAUUAGAAUCUCCCUACUGCGGGUGAGAUUUCCAGUGGACAUCCAAUAAAAAUGCCAUCCUCCA